AUGUUUACAAUAGACAACAUCCUGUCACGACCCGCGACGAGGCCCGCCAAUCCCGCCGCAGCGGUGACGCUUCCCGGUACCCGCUACUCCACACCUUUCCGCGCUCCCCCUCCGCCGCCACCACCUUCACCACCACCAUCCUCGCCUCUUCUCCGCACUCGUCCAGCUCCUCCUGAGUUUUCCAGACAGCCGCCAACAAUUCCACUUUCCUCUGUACUCUCCUCCACUUCCAGAGUCUCUGGCCCACAGCAUCAGGACGAUCUCCUCACAGCUUCCCCUGCACGCGAGGGCCUCGCCAUUCCCGGCACAUCCUCCAGUCUCUUAGUAGAAAGUACAGGAAUCCCGUUUUCCUUGGAUCACUCUCUUGCUGAAGUGGUGGACAGUUCCCCUCUCGCUGUGCCUGACUCCUCCCUUGUCUCCCUGCAUUCCCCGCCAUACUCUGCCUCACUGUACCAGCCCUCCGAUCCCUCUGGAUACACAUCUUGCUCUCAGCUCAGGUUGCAGAGCAACCCUGACGCGUGUGGAGCUCUCAGUGCAGACCCUCGAAAUGCGUGCGAGUUCCCUGCAGACUGCAAUAAAGACAAAAUCUUUAAGGCGAUUCCAAGAUGGAUACCCUUUCCCUCAGCUUCCGACGACCUGCUCUCUGGCUGCCAGGAUCUGCCCGGCGCUGUGGUACCGGACAUUAGAGACUGUAAGUCAGAUUCUGUGUUUGUUAGAUCACGAUAUGGAAGAAUGUCCAUCGCUCUUCCUCUUUCAACCUCCCAUAGCGCUGGCCUGCGCAGCGACCCUCACCUGCACGUCCUUAAAGACAGCAGCGGGCAUCCAGACACCAGUUUUGUACCCUAUCAGACUGUCUGUGCGAGGAGCUUCUACUCCCCGUGUUGUCAUGGACACAAAGAACUGCCUCCUGUUGUCACCACUUCCUUAACCAGACCAUCGGAUACUUUUCCGACAAAUGUGACCUCAGGUAGCGGCCUCCUGCUGCACCCUGUACUCGCCUCUGCCAGGGACGCCGCCACCAGCCGCUUUGUGCCUCCACCCGUCCUUCCACCUCACCAACACGGGCCGUCACUGGUGCCUGCCCUGUCUCAACACCUCAGAAGGCUGGCAGCGCCCUACUACUACUCAGGUACAGACACCCUGGACAAUUGUGAAGUGAAAGAAGACAAGGCGAGGGACACCAACCUGGCAGCUCGUCAGGUCAACGCGGGGAGCGCGGAACAAGGGCUGCCUCGCACCACCAGCCUUGCCAUUCACCUGCCAACAGGUCUGGUGCAGAUAGCAGGAAGCGGGCGAAAUCGGAGGCGCGGGGGCCAAGUGAGGUUCACAGCGAAGCAAACCCGCCAGCUGGAGAAGUGGUUCUCGCGGCACAAGUAUAUCACACCGUCUCAGAGGAAGACCAUCGCCAAAGAACUGACCCUUCACGAGAAGCAGGUGAUGACGUGGUUCCAGAACAAGCGAGCUAAAUCCAAGAAGAGAGCGGCGACGUGUGAGGCGACGGCAGCAACUCCUCCCACGCACACCUACACCAACACCACCGCUCCCAGGACACCGCCCACGCCCCCAACGCCCCCCACGCUCAGUGUAAGGCGUCACCAUGGCAACACUGAGGACCAAUGCUACAAUAACGACUGA